UGAUUUCUUAAUUUUGCCUGGUUAUAUUUCAUUCACAGUCGACGAAGUUGAUUUAACUUCACCACUGACAAAAAAUAUUACCCUUCAUACUCCUAUAGUAUCUUCACCUAUGGAUACUGUUACAGAAUCAGAAUUGUCAAUAGCUAUGGCUCUUUGUGGUGGUAUAGGAAUCAUACAUAAUAAUUGUACAGCUGAAUUUCAAGCAAAUGAAAUAUAUAAAGUCAAGAAAUAUAAACAUGGAUUUAUUCAUAAUCCAAUUGUUUUGAGUCCAAACAAUAAAGUGAGAGAUGUUUUUGAAGUAAAAAAAGUUCAAGGUUUUGCUGGUAUUCCUGUUACAGAAAAUGGUAAAAUGGGAGCAAAAUUAUUGGGAAUUGUUACCUAUAGAGAUAUUGAUUUUAUGGAAGAAAGUAUGCUUGAUCUUCCACUUUCAGAAGUAAUGACUAAAACACCAGAUCUCGUUGUUGCUCCAGCUGGAGUUAGCCUUGUAGAAGCUCAUGAAAUAUUACAGCAGAGCAAAAAGGGUAAAUUACCAAUUGUAAAUGACAAAGGAGAAUUAGUUUCUAUAAUAGCUCGUACAGAUAUGAAAAAAAGCUGGGAUUAUCCUCUAGCAUCAAAAGAUGGAAAUGGGCAGCUUUUAGUGGGUGCAACAAUUGGAACACGAAACGAAGACAAAUUAAGAUUAAAGUUAUUAGUUCAAGCUGGAGUUGAUGUUAUUGUUUUGGACUCAUCACAAGGAAAUUCAAUUUUUCAAAUCGAUAUGCUAAAAUACAUAAAAGAAAAGUAUCCAAAUUUAGAUGUCAUAGCUGGAAAUGUUGUUACUACUUCACAAGCAAAAAAUUUAAUUGAAGCGGGAGCAGAUGCACUACGAGUGGGAAUGGGAUGUGGCUCGAUAUGUAUAACUCAAGAAGUAGUUGCAGUUGGUCGUCCACAAGCUACUGCAGUAUAUAAAGUUGCAGAAUAUAGCAGGAAAUAUGGUGUACCUGUGAUUGCUGAUGGUGGUGUACAAUUUGUUGGACAUAUAAUUAAAGCAUUGGCACUUGGUGCUUCAACAGUUAUGAUGGGAUCCAUGUUAGCUGGUACCACAGAAGCACCUGGAGAAUACUUUUUUUCUGAUGGUGUUAGACUAAAGAAAUAUAGAGGCAUGGGAUCAUUGGAUGCAAUGGAAUCAAAGCAAGGUCAAGGAAGUCGUAACAGAUAUUUUCAAAGGUGGGAUUAUAUUUAG